AGCUAUUUUGAACUGGAGAGCAGUGGCCUGCGGGAUGAGAUUAGAUAUCACUACAGGUUUAAUGGGAAGUCCAGAACAGAGGUGUUCCCAUACCGUCUGGCAGAUGGACAGUGGCAUAAGAUUGCUCUGUCACUGAGUGCAUCCCACCUUCUGCUCCACGUGGACUGCAACAGGAUUUAUGAACGUGUUAUUGAUCCCCCAGAAACGGAUUUGGCACCGGAAAGCAGUAUAUGGCUUGGACAGAGAAACAGGAAACAUGGUUUCUUUAAGGGUGUUAUUCAAGAUGUGAAAGUCAUCUUUAUACCUAAUGGCUAUAUAACGCAGUGUCCCAAUCUGAAUCGCACAUGCCCGACCUGCAGCGAUUUCUUAAGUCUGGUGCAAGGAAUCAUGGAUUUGCAAGAACUCCUGGCAAAAAUGACUGCAAAAUUAAAUUAUGCAGAAACAAGACUGAGUCAAUUGGAAGACUGUCAUUGUGAGAAGACUUGUCAAGUAAAUGGAUUGAUCUAUAGAGACAGAGACUCAUGGGUUGAAGAUGAUCACUGCAGGAAUUGCACAUGCAAAAGUGGGGCUGUGGAGUGCCGCAGGAUGUCCUGUCCCCCUCUGGAUUGUCCUCCUGAUGCUCUCCCAGUGCAUGUGGAAAGCCAGUGCUGCAAAGUGUGCAAGGCCAAGUGUAUCUAUGGAGGCAAAGUGCUGGCAGAAGGUCAACGAGUGUUAACCAAGAGCUGCAGGGAAUGUCGAAAUGGAGUUUUAGUAAAAGUAACAGAGACUUGUCCUCCCCUGAAUUGCUCAGAACAAGAUCAUGUUCUUCCAGAGAACCAGUGUUGCAGUGUUUGUAGAGGCCAUAACUUCUGUGCAGAGGGACACAGAUGUGGUGAAAAUUCUGAGUGCAAAAACUGGAACACAAAAGCGACUUGUGAAUGCAAGACUGGUUUUCUCUCUGUCCAAGGGGACUCCGCCUACUGUGAAG